AUGCUUCGUUCGUGUGCGCAAUCAAUGGUGAGGCUUUCAGCUGCUCGUUCCACACCUCGUCUUUUCCUAAGAGCUCAAUCGACAAACGCUUUGAAUAACGCUCAGAUUCCUUUCACCUUCUCAAAAUCCGGUCCAUCAGCCGUCAAAUACACCAGUCAGCACGAAUGGAUCGCUGCUCACCAAGAUGGCACCGCUUUUGUCGGUAUCACUAAAUACGCAGCAGAUGCUCUGGGCGAUGCCACGUACGUGGAACUACCCGAAAUCGAUACCGAGCUCGAGGCCGGCGACUCUUUGGGGUCUUUGGAGUCCGUAAAGUCAGCAUCGGAAAUAUACUCGCCAGUGGCUGGUACCGUGAUCGAGGUCAACGAGUCGUUGAACGACUCCCCACAGCUCAUCAAUGAGGACCCAACGGGUGAGGCCUGGAUCGCCAAACUCAAGGUCAACAAUCUCGAAGAUUUGCAAAACGAAGACCUCAUGUCGCUAGCACAAUACGAGGAGUCUCUCAAGGAAGACCAUUAG